AUGAACCAAGAGCCAGCGUCACCGGAAUCAGAGGGUCCGACCCCAUACGGCUCAGAAUUGUCUACACCUCUCACCACAUCUGCGCAAACUUCACCGACGGAAGAACAUGGUUUUGAUCGCAGCAGGGAACCGUGCGGUAUCGCGCAACAGAAGAAGAAAAAGAAGAAGAAGCCGAAAAAGUCUGCGACUGCGAAAGCGAAAGAGGGUGCUGGCAAGGCCGGCAGCGACGGGGAAUGUCGACCACCACUGUUAUGCAUUAGCAGAAACAAGCAUUGGCGCUACAUUAGCUCUUAUCAUGGACCAUGGCUGCAACUGCCCCUGGAACUCUUGGAAUCGCUCCUGGUCCUGAACGCGGACCCCGCAACGCUUGCAGCCGAAUCGCGUAUGGCCCAAAUGCUACCGCCUCUGUUGAACAUGAAUCUCCAAGGCUCAAAGAAAGGUGAUCGUCCGUUGGGAGCGAACGGUGAAGAACGCCCGAUACACAACGCACUACCGCCAAUUCCGCCCCCGCCUCUUCCAACACCGAAACCUGGCAAGGCGACACCACCACCAAUAGAUCCAGGCGUUUUCCGUUCUGUGACGACCAUUCGCGACUUGAUUGACGAAGCGGCGGAAUUGUCUGUGCGGGCGAGUUCUGGGUUGUCGGCUGCCGAGUUGAGUUCGAUGAGGAACAGCUCUGUUAAUGGGAGUGCUUGGGCCGCUGCUCAGUCGCUUGGCCUGAACCCGCUUGGAAUGGGCAAUGGAAACGGAAGGAAUGUCGCCAUGUCAGCUAUGCGGAUACACCGACUGCGAGCACUGGCCGUUCAAAAGCUUGCAGAGGCUUACAAAACGGACGAGAUCGCGUCAAGCGUUAUGGUUAUGCAGGGAGGGAGUGUAUUCGAUGACCUGGCCGAGCGAGUCCUCAAAGUAGGCAAAUACGUUCAUUUCUUCCACGAAAAGAUUCCAUCCAGGCAACUCGCCGAGUCGACCACAACCAAAGUAUUGGACGACCUUAUAGCUCAAUUCCCGCAACGGCUGCAGUACUUUCGGACACGGGGAAUUGUUCACUGUUUUCGGGAAGAGUUCAGCCUUGCCACGAAAGACUUCACGCACGCUCUCAAAGAAGCUCGGGCUAUCCGGAAAGCUAAACAGAUGCAUCACAUCGGUAACUCGAGGAAGGAAUCACGUUCUUCCAAGAGCGGGAAGCGAAAGAAGAGUUCUACGACGACCAACUCAAAUGGACAAGCGCCACCUAACGGUACCAGCGUCGCAGAUCCCAGCGAUGGAGGAAUGGAAGGUGGUCUCGUUCUUCACCCCUCCGUUCUGCCAGACGCUCCCGACCCGAUUGAACCACAAUGUCUAUUCCUCCGUGGGGCAGCCUAUCUUCAAAACGCAGUCCACCUCAUCGAAUCAGCUGUUCUGCAGCUUGAAGGGGUUCGUAAAGGACCCACUGUUGACGGUGCAGAAUUGCGACUUUGCUACAUCGACAAUGGCAAAUAUGGCGGCGUCGAGAUUGGGAAUCCUGAUGGACCUUUAGGCUCAAACCAGGGACCCAAAGUCCAGGCCUAUAACCAGGUUCUGGCCGAGUCCUCCUUCCGCGAACAUAUCAGCUCCCUUCUUCGGAAGAGCAUGCGGGAUCACGAGAGGUUCCUCGCGCAUUUCGAUUCCAUAGAAUCGCCCAACGCCUAUCCCGAAGGUGACAUUGCCUCACGAAUUGAAUAUGCGGUUCAGCUGUCCGACACCAAGCGCCCGCCACCAGAUAUCCCACCUGUCUUCACCACCUAUCAUCCCCUUCUCGUGGAAUCCAUGUACAGCGUCUUGAUCUGCCUUCUUAUGCUUGGUGACUUCUCCGCGCUACUUCCGCAAUUUGUUCGCUUUGCUCUCGUGGUUGACGGUCUCGAGGGGUACCCCGUUUUUCUUCCACCUCGAUCGAUGGGCCAGGCGGAAUUUAUGGAGAUUCUGGAGAGGCUAGCCGGGGGUUGGAAAAAUGGGAUUCAGCAACAUUCCUUAUCCACUCAGAGGGGGAAAAGCCGACUCGCCAUCGAGGCUCCUCCGUCCACUUUCCCCCGUCCUGCGACCCCUUCCCGCAGUUCUUCGAUGGGUAGUUCGCUCAACUCGCCGUUACAGGCAAGCUCGUCCGCUUCGAUCUCUCGCAAGGGGUCUUUUGUUACCGGGAGUAGUUUUGAAUCGUCGGGGUCCUCGUCUUUCGCGUUCUCCGCCUGUGACACCUCCACUUCACACGAUGCGGGAGGGACAGCUACACCAUCAAGUUCUGGCGAAUUUGCAGACUACCUCGAAGACAACAUCAGUCGUACUUCAUCGCCUCCCAAUGUCACUCAACGACCGGAUGCGGAGCAUGCGCUGGACUGUGCAAGAAUUCUGCUCAAUCCGAUCGUCAAGAAGCAGAAGGAGCGCGCGGAGAAGGCUGCAGCUGAGAAGGCUGCCGGGGGGAAGAAGAAGCCUGCACCUAUCAACAUUCCAUUGCAUGGCCCGAGGGUGGAAGUUGUCCUUGCGUGGCUUGGGGCUGUGGUUCUUCCCGAGUUGGAUGUUUGA